AUGCUUUGGCACAACUGCCCCACGGAGAUUUAUGACAUAGCGCUUCUCUGGGGCGGUCCUUCAUACGGCUCUUCGUCGAGAUUCCGGAGGCUUCUCAGGUCUUUGCCGCGACCACAUCCUGACAUUCAGCUAGAAUGGCAUCUGCGGCUGUACGAUCAGUAUACCAGGCUGAAGCGCUGCCUGGAGAUACGAGAGGAUACACCGCUGUUGUCCGACGAGGAUUUGGAGGAACUGAGAGUCAUUCGAGGUGCCCCACUGAACAUUGACGACUUUGACCCAAUCGACGUCGAAAAGAGAUUCUUCUUUUCCAAACCCACUCGCCACAGAUGGGCAAAAUGGCUGGCCGAACAAUAUCUCGAAGAGGGAGAAGUAUGGCCAGAACCUGAAAAGGAGUCGCGUUGGGUCAUUGACGAGAAUGGAAAUCGAGUGCCGGACAUUUGCUGUGUCAAUUACUAUGCCCAUGCACUCUGGCAGAUGACAGACUCCUGGGUUGAUGGUGGCACUGUAAAACAGAACCCAUGGUGGAUCACCAGUCGUUUAUACUCUGUAGAUCCGACUGGGGCCACGGGUUAUGGGAAAGUUUACACAGGUCCAGCAAAUGAGUUUCAUGCAACCUCUACGCUCCUUUAUCAAGGCGGAACCCGAUACGGACCUAAUCCACAAGUGCCUCAUAUAAUUAUCAUCACCUACGAUACGAUUGUACCCGAUGAUCGAAUCUUGAGGAGUGAAUUGUUACUGGCUGUCAGCAUACUCCGCAGAAACCUUGCUCUAUUUCCAUGGCUCGAGCACCAUACAUUUCCGGUCUUGGUGUUGAGCUUCCACGAAACAGGAGCUCGCAUAUUGCAGAUGCACGCCGAAAAUGGAUACUUCAUAGUCAGAGCCUCUCGGCAGCUUAUAUUUCCUACAGAAGACGGCAGCAUACCAGCCGACGGCCUCAUCAUGCUUACGUGGAUGCUGGCAGAGCCCAUGGGCGAGACGUGCUUCUCUAAUAUAUCAGUCAAUACCUCCAGUGAAGAUGCAAAAUUUUGUCGACAUGAAGGUGAUCUACAGGUAGCCUCUACAUUGGGGGUACCGGUUGUUGAUGACCCAGAUUUUAUCCCGCUUAAGCACCGUGCUAUUUAA